AUGCAGGUUGGUCAAACAGCCAAGAAGUUGGAAGAGAUACCUAUCAAUAGUUUUGGGGCUAAUACUGAAGUUAACCCCAAGGAAGAAUGCAAAGUUAUUAAGGCACCUCCUCCUAAGGUUAAAGACCCAGGAAGUUUCACCAUUCCUUGCACUAUCAAUGGCCAUAAAAUAGGGAAAGCCCUAAUUGAUUUAGGGUCCAAUAUCAAUUUCAUGCCCUUAUCUGUUCUUGAAAAUAUUGGCGGUCUUGAAGUCCAGCCUGCAAAGAUGACUCUGUUUAUGGCGGAUGGAUCCACCAAAAAGCCCUAUGGUGUGGUGGAGAAUGUGAUGGUACAAACUGGCAAUCUGAGAUUCUUGGUGGACUUUGUUGUAAUGGAGAUGGAGGAAGAUUUGGAGAUCCCUAUUAUUUUUGGUAGGCCUUUCAUGAAAACGGCCAAGGUGAUCAUCAAUGUUGAUGAUGAAACUAUAGCACUCAAAAACCAAGAAGAAGAG